AGGUACUUCCGGUAGAUGGAUACAUACGAAGCGUCGAGCGGAGUCCAGACCGCGCCCGUCCUCAUUUUCUUCAUUUGAGGUUUUUUUUCACCUGAUUUUACAGUCAUGUCUUUGAGGAACGGAUGGCUUCAGCUUCUCCUGCUGUUCUCAGCCGCGCAGAUAUGUUGGACUCAGACGGACGAAGGAAGUUUGAAAGGUUUCAUUGGGACAGAGACAGAUGAAGGUGUAUGGCUCAGCCCUAAAACCAAAGCAGUCCUGGAAAGCUCCAUAACAACAGUCUUCCUCCCCAUCGUCUACAUCAUCGUGUUUGUCAUUGGGUUGCCCACCAAUGCUCUGGCCUUAUGGGUCUUCCUCUUUAGGACCAAGAAAAGGCACCCGUCAUCCAUCUACAUGGCCAACCUGGCUCUUGCUGACUUGAUGUUUGUCAUCUGGAUCCCCUUGAAAAUAGCGUACCAUUUUAAAGGUAACAACUGGAUCUAUGGCGAGGGGCUUUGCAAAGUGCUUGUGGCGUUCUUCUAUGCCAACAUGUACUGCUCCAUGGCGUUCAUCGCCUGCAUUAGUGUGCAACGUUACUGGGCUGUAGUCUACCCAAUGUCCCAGAGGCAAAGGAGCAAUGUUUUAGCAGUUUCCAUCUCUGUGGGGGUAUGGAUGUUGGUAUGGCUGACCACCAUCCCUCUCUACCUGUAUGAUCAAGAAGUAUACAUAAGAAACAUGGACAUCAAGACCUGCCAUGACGUCACCAGGCUCAGCCAAAAGAAAAUUGCCGCUGGAUACUUUUUGACAAUGGGAACACUAGGGUUUGUAGUCCCUGCAGUUGUAUGCAUCAUAUCCUACAUCCUUAUGCUGAAGGCUCUGCGGAGCAAUAUGGGAGAUUCUACCAUUGCCCAGAAGCGUCGCAAAGCCGUGGUUUUAAUCAUCACCGUCCUGGUUAUGUUUUUACUCUGCUUCACACCGAGUAACAUCAUGUUGCUGGUGCACUAUACCCUCCUGCUUGGAGAAGCUGAGAACAACAUGUAUGGGUUUUAUAUCACCACCCUGUGCCUAGCAAGUCUCAACAGCUGCAUUGACCCUUUUAUUUACUACUUCAUCUCUGAGGACUUCAGGGAGCACGUGAAGAACACGUUUCUCUGCAGGAGUCAGAGGACGGUUGAGAGGAGCAAAGUCUCCUUCAGUGCUCUGAAGUUCUCCAAGAAGAGCACCACAUACACCUCCAGUAUGUCAGAAACAAAGAGCAGCGACUGCUGAGGGGUCAUUGUGCUCAAGUUUAAGAGAAAAUGGACCUCGAGAUUGAGCAAUAGCAAGCGCUUAGAAAUGUUAUGAUUAUAAUGACCUCUCAAAAAUGUGCUGGGUGCUUUGCAAAGAAUAUUUGUACAGUUUUUUGUUUUUUUUCUCUUUUUUUUAAGCCAAUUACUUUGGCUUUUCGCGUUGUAUUUGAACUAACCUUUCGAUUAUCACUUUUGUCAUUCUAAAGAUGCUGAUGUGGUUUUAUAAGAAUGAAUGUAGCCAUAUUUUUAGGUGCCACAAGACUUUGAAGCGAUCUGUUUUUAGGCAUUUUUGAGUUAUUAAAUUUUACAAAACUAACUUGUUUCUUUUUUGAAUCCUUUUGCUUCUUUUUUUCAGUGUUACUUGCAAAAAAAAAGCUAAAUCUUUAUGCUAAUCAUUUCAAAGGGGUUUAAUGGAGACUAUAUUCCCUUGUUUUUUCCCCAUUAAAAUCAAAAGUACUUAUCUUGAGAAUCUUGCUGCAUAGUAUUUAUUUUAUAGUAAAGUUUUGUUGCAUUUAUCAAGUUAUGCUAAUUAGUAAUGCAUGCUCUGGUCCCUUAUCACCAUCUGCAUUUCAUAAUUUAAAAAAUGUUUCUUUUCUUGCAUGCUUUUUUUAAGGUAAGAAACAAAGCAGUCCAAUAAGGGUCUGUUAAAUACUACUUGUGCAUCGAUUCUUCACUGACUGGACAUUUUGGACCCAAUUGCAUAAAUUGUUACUAAAGGAAUUCAGCACCACCAUUUGUGGUUGUUAGAAUAAAAAUCUCCAUUUGAAACUUAUUGGCAAGAGGUAUUUAUAGAUUAUCAGCCAGAGGUUGCAAUCUGCUUUCUUUUUAUGCAUUUUAAAAGCUGACUUUUUUAAAACCAAGAUCAGUACUUGUAUUAGUGGAAAUGGGCUGUGAUUAAAAAUCCAGAAAACGCAUCAAUUUAGACUAUUUAAAAGGUCUGAUUAUGUAUUAAUAAUUAUCUACAUGAUUCUUGGAAAUGCUUCGUUGUCAAGAGACAUAUCCAUAUGCAAUAUUUAAGAUCAUUGAUAUGAUAGAAUGGUUGUUUGUACUGGAGAUAAAAUGUAUCAUAAAAAAAUUGGAUUCAGA